CCCAGUCGAGACAUGCCAAUUACAGCCAGCCAGCCCCACCACCGCCAGCCAUGAUCACCCUCUCGCCAACCCCACCGCAAGACUCGCCUGUCGCCCAUCUCAAGGGCAUCUUCCCCGAUUUCGAUGAGGCAGUCAUUAUCUCCGUCCUCGAAUCCGUCGACAAUGACCAGGACCGCGCGUUGGACGUUCUCCUCGGCAUGAACGAUCCUACAUACGUCCCUUCCGCACCAUCCCCCGCCAUCCAAUCCCGACAUCCGCACCAGCAGCAACCAGACCUCACCCAGGAAGAUCUUGAUGCACAACUUGCUCGCAGACUUGCGUCCGAAGAGGAAGAGGCCGCAAGGACUUGGUCGUCUGAUCGACAGCCAGGGUGGGGAGGCGUACCGCCACCCCAACAACAACACCAGCAGCAAGCCAGUUACCAGGCAUAUCAGCCUAGAAGGAGCAGUGAUCGCGACUCAGGCAGCUGGACUGAUUGGAGGACUGGACAACAUCGGACUUCACAACCUCCAGGGCAGGGACAAAGGGAUACUAUGGCAGAGUUUCAGGAGGGAUUCUAUAAGAUCGCAGAAACCGGCAAGAGAACCUUUAGUACGAUCGUCUCCAAAGUCAAAGCUAAGAUGCAAGAGUUCGACCAAGGCAGCGGGCUUGGCUCUGGGAACGCUAGCACCAAUGCUUAUGGUGCUCAUGACCCAAACCUCCAGAGUACCCCGGCUCAGGGUUACACUCACUCAUCACCUUACAGUGCUGGUAGAUCCACCACUUCCUGGAGUGGAGGCCAACCCCGUUCAAACACGUAUGCGUCCGCCUCGCCAACUUUCGCCCCGCCAAUUCCUCCCAUCGAUACACGACCCAAUACCAGGACACGUACGCCUACUCCACCUGUUGUGAGAGGUUACGAUCUGUCCGAUCCUGCCGAGGGCGGUGUAUCACCCCGAGCUCAUACACCCCCACCCCCUUUUCCUAGCGAACACAUCACAAUGGGGAGUUCAGGAGCUGAGGGUGAACCCCCAUUGUCUGCACUUCCAACUUCGCCGGACCACGCACCACCUGGCGCGUUCCCGUUGAGGUCCGGCAGCCCAACGCCCUUCACUGCAUCGUCGCAGCCACGUGGCUCCACUUCUGGACCCGGUGCUGUUCCGGUGUCGGGGAUGCUACCGAGUUCAGGACCGCAGGGAGCUGAGGGCACAGUACCACGCUCCAACGUUGAAUUUAGUAAACUUGGUCUUCUCCCGAAACGGCCCGUUUCGCUGGUAAGGCCGUUGUCACCGCCCGCAGCGGCUGCAGGUGGUCGUAGUUACGCACCUGCGCAACGGAAAGAGAGUAGCGAUGAUGAACUGGAGUACGUCGAGAAUCCAUUCGAAGACCAGCAUUGA